CUGGUGGUAUCUACAAUUCUUGUUUUUCUCAAUAAAAAAUUCUAGAAGCAAAGCAAGGAGUCUUCAACGAAUUGAAACUUAAUUAUUGAAGACCAUUGACUUCAAUAAUUUAGAUCAAAAGACAUCAGAAGGCUACACUUCACGUAGACACUAAUUUAUUUUGUACUUAAAAAAAAGUUACAUCUUUUAACAUGUCCGAGAAGCAUUUACAAACCGGAGAUGUUUUGCCCCCAUAUAGUGGAAAACUUCGCGUUUUUGCUAUGAGAUUUUGUCCUUACGCCGAAAGGACAGUGCUGACCUUAAAUGCUAAAAACAUACCUUACGAUUUAGUUUUUAUCAAUUUAGAUCAGAAACCUGAAUGGAUCUUCAACUUUAGCCCGAAGGGUACUGUGCCAGCUUUGGAAUAUGAACCUGGUAAGGCACUCUUUGACAGCAACAUUAUAAAUGUUUAUCUUGAUGAAAAGUAUCCAGAGAUUCCUCUGCAAGCAUCAGACCCUCUGCGCAGAGCUCAAGACAAAAUUCUCGUUGAGAGCUUUGCUCCAGCACAAUCAGCUUACUAUACAGCAGCAUUCAAUGCACAAGCUCUCGAGCCAAGCAUGGUAGAGACAUACCACAAAGGACUUGAGGGACUACAAAAAGAGCUUGAAACGCGCAGUACUAAAUAUUUACAUGGGGACGAGCCUGGGUGGGUCGAUUACACCCUUUGGCCAUUUUUAGAGCGCUUUGAGGCUCUGCCCCUGAUUGGAAAAGCUGAGUUUGCCAUUGACAAAACUAAAUAUGAGAGACUGGUUACUUACAUUGAAGCCAUGAAAAAUGUGCCUGCUGUGAAGUCGUACUUCUUAGCAGCAGAGACCCAUGCGAAGUUCAUUGAGUCUCGCGCCAAAGGAGAUGCCAAUUACAAUAUGCUAGACACUAGUGCUGUUUGCUGCAUGCGCCCCAGGAAAAAGAAGGAAUAAAAAGCAUGUUUAUGAAGCUUGGAACAAUACAAUGAAAAUAAAGUAUAAUUUUCAG